UUUGGGGAGCAAGAGAUUUUGUGUUUCUCUUAAGUUGGGUUGAUUAAGAUUUGUGAAGCUUGGUCUCCUUGAAGAAGAUGAAGGAAUAAUUGAAAUUUUUGAUACUUUUGAUGAAAAAGACGAUGAGUAAUGUAGCUUUCUUUACUAGUCUAAAUGAGAUGCUGACUUUUUAGUUAAUCUUGUUUAUUUUAUUUGCACUCUAAUAAUACAUCUGUCCUUAAUCAUGAAAGAUCUCUACAUUUAGAAAUCAAUAAAUUAAAAUCCCUAAAAGUAGGCUAAGCUCUUAUAUCACUAGGAUCUGGCGAACCCCAUGAGAAUUCAACUGGUGUCUAUCUUGUGUCUCCUUUUCACCUAAAUUUCUGAACUAUAAAGUCAUCGAGUAGGAUCUUUAUCCUAAAGUAUCUCCUUGUUUCUGGAACAAUCUACAUUAUUCAAAAGAAAUGCUUUGGGUAUUUUUUUUAGAAAAUACUUUGGUGAAACAAGUGCUAACUUUUAUGUGAAGCUCUGUUAAUUCAAUCAGUUCGUCAGCAAUCGAAACUUAGUGGAUUUGGUGUUGUUUCCACAUCUUAAAAUCAGCCCAAACUCUUAAGUUCGUAUUAUGGAAGUUAACGAAAUCAGUGGUUUUACGAAUUUAAAAGGUUAUUUUUGGGUGAUAAUUCAAGUAUGGCCGUUUCUGUAACGAUGAGAUUUCCCUGAGUUUUAACUUUUGACAUAUUUAAGAGAAUCUAUAGUAGUAAUUCAUUUAAUUGAUCUAGAAGGUUUUGUUCUUUGUGUUUUGUUAAUUAGCAUUUUGUUCAUUAAUAAUCUAAUAAACUCUUUGCUAGAUUAAUUAAGGGUAAACUAGAGAUAGGAUUACCAUCCCAGGAGACUAAAAUUCGGUGAAAUUUAUACCUUCUUUAACAAAUUAAUUCUUAAUACUUAAUUGUUACUUUGAUGCUCCUGUUCAUCUAAAAUCAGGACUAUUCUCUACUUGUGGGAGAUCAGGCUCAGCUACUAUUAAUAAAUCAGCAUUAACUGAAAUUGCUAAUUUUUUAAUUUAACAAAAGAGAAAAAGAGAAAGAUCAAAAAGUAUCAAAAGAAAGAAUACAACUGCUAAAGAAGAUAAUGCCAAGCUCCUUGGAAUAGACCGCCAUGGGGUCUUUCAAGGAAGAACAGGCAGAGGAAGUUUCAAUUUGGAGGAAGAUGAUAAAGGAGUUGAUGGAUUUACCAUGAAUAAAGAGAUCCAUAGUGAUGAUGAGAGAGAAUAUGACAUUGGACGCCAGGAGUUCUGAAGGGAUGAAGAGAGUGAGUCAAUUGAGGAUUUUGAAUAUUCACAAGACAUUUUGUCAGAUGGUAAGUUCAUCAGAGGAUGCCAAAUAUUUUCAGAGAAGGUUAAGAUCUAAAGAAGAACAGAAGGAGGGUCAGAAGUAUCCAUCGGAUACCGGUGGAGAUAUAGAGAAUGCAGAUUUUGAUCUACAUCCUCAAUUGAGAGAGGAUUACCUCCAAGAUAUACAAGAUGGGCUUGAUCAAAAACUGCUAUCUGGGGUUAAAAUUUUGUCCCUUCAAGAGUUAGGGCAAAAGUUCUUUACUUCUCUUCACCAAGAAUCAAUGGCUAAAAAUGCGGAGCUUGAAUUUCAUCAAAAUGGUAUCUUGACUGUGAAACAAAAGGAUCUUCCAGGUGAACCAAUGAAGCUUGAUAUUAAAUAAGCUGAUCGUUGGAUUAAAAGCGCUUAACUCGAAAAACUUUGAUUUGCUAAUUAAAGAUCUUGAAAAUAAGCAGACCAAUCCUUCAGAACAUAAUGAAGACAAGAACCGGAGCAUUCCGAUUUUGCCAGAAAAUAGUGAGGGAAAUAAAGUUGUUUUUGACCUACCUCAAGAAGCUCCACUUCCAGCUAAAGGAAUCGAUUUUGCUGGCCUCAGUGACAUGAGUCUGGAUGAUAUGUUGUUUGAUGAUCUUGAUGAAGGAAAGCCAACUUCACAAGUAAAGGAAGAGGUUAAACAAGAAAUUAAAGAAGAAGCUAAAGUAGUUAUUGAAGAAUCUCUCCAAGGACAAGAAGAGACUAAAGGUAAAACCGUAACAUACCUUGAUGAGUUUGUUAACCAUGAAGAGCUUAACAAAUCCAAUCAAGCAGAUGAGCUUGAACAAAAAAUGAAGAGAACCAAGUCUAGCCUUACCAAGAAGAGUGAACUUAAACUGGAUAUUGGCGAGAGUCUGAAGACAAUACAAUCAGCUCAGAGUGUUAUGGAAUACUUGGAAAUUGUCAAGAAGAAUGACCAGUAUCGAGAAAAACUUAGGCUUGCUCUCAACGCAAUCAGAGUUAGGGAUCUUCACAUUCAAAGACUCAAAAGUGAUGGGAAUGUUGUUCCAAUUGACAUGACUAAUUCAAGACUCCAUCUAGCAUUUAUGUUUGCUUCCCCUUUGAUUAGAAGGUUCAAUGGAAAAACUGAGAAUAUAAUGCAACUUGAUUGUCAAACUGAAAUUAAAGACAUUGUCAAUGCAUGCAAUCAAAUGAAAUAUGAAUUGAAGUAUAAAUCAGUGGUAGCCACUCCGAGCAACAUGAGAAGUGUACUGACUGAUGGCCCAAUAGCUCUACAUUUUUCAGGCCAUGGAAUACAAAAUACUAAAAAGGAUAUUGGACUUGAAUAUAUCAAUAAUAAACAUAAGGGAAACAUUCUUCUUUUAGAAGAUGAACAAUGAAUGUCCCACUAUUUAUAUGAAACAGAACUCAAGAAAAUGAUUGAGAGAGCUCAGAUCAACCUUGAAGUUGUAUUUGUAUCUUCCUGCCAUUCAGAGUUUGCUGGGGAAGUCUUUUUAAAUGCAGGAGCAAAGCAUGUGAUUUGCAUCAAACAGAGCGAGGAAAUCGCAGACAAAGCUUCACUAUGUUUUUCGAGAGUUUUCUAUGAGACACUUUUUGUUAAGAACUAUACAGUGUGAGCAUCAUUUCACUUUGCAAAGGAAGAAGUCAAUAAAAUGUUCAAAAGUGUCGAAGCCUAUAAAUUCAUUCUAUUGAUCCCUCAGGAGACUAGAAAGAAGAAUUCCAACACUCCUAAAACUUCAAAACAUCGCUGCCAAGCAGUGACAAGUAUCAUCCCAGGAGGUCUGGUCAAUUUAGGAAAUAAGCCUUCAAUCUUAUCAGUUCCAUCCAAGAUCGACAACUUCGUUGGCAGACAGAAGGAAAUGUAUGAUAUUAUUGACCAUCUUUCAAAGAACAGACUUGUUUCCAUCCUUGGCUUGUCAGGAAUUGGUAAAACCACACUUGCUAGAAACAUAGCAGACCAUCUUAAGCACAGGCAAAGAUUUAGAGACGGAAUUAUUUAUGUUGGUCUUAGAGGCUGAGAGUCUUCACAAAUGUUCCUCGCUAAUUUGUCUCUAAUCAUUAGAACAGAAGCAGAAACAGAAAUCGAGGAAAAUAAAACAAAUGAUUCUGAUAUAGAAGAUAGAAUGCUUGUUCAUCACUUUUUAAAGAACAAGCAAAUACUCAUUAUUCUUGAUAACUGUGAGGAUCCUAUUGGCUCAGACGAGAUCAACUUCACAAGUGAGAUCGAGAAAAUCUUGGAUGAGUGUAGUGAAGUUAAAUUUUUGCUUACAUCAAGAAAAGCUUUGGAAUUGAAAUCUAACACCAAAGAAAUGCAGUUUCCCCUCCAGAGUCUUACUAGUGAGGAAUCUUUGCUUUGUUUAUUAGAAAAAGCACCAAGAAAGAUUUUAGAGGAAGAAAUGAAGGAAUUACUUUCUUCAACUAAAUCUAAUUCAAGUCCUUUUACUAACGCCUCACCAUCUUUAGUGAAUCAUCCUUUGUUCUUACUGCUAGGAGGGCAUCCUCAGGCGAUUUCUCUAGCUGCUCCUUUACUUCAGUACAAAUCAUUGACAGAGUUAUUCAAUAACUUAUCAGAUUCGAGCGUUUUGAGUCCCAAUAAGAUAACAAGAAGUGAUAAAAAUGCAAGUGACGCCUUGAGAAAUGCUCUGGAGUUGAAUAUCUCCACUGUUCAGAGCUGAAACCCAAAAGCAAUUGACUUGUUCAUGAUGCUAGGGAUGUUCCCUGGAGGGAUCAACCAAAAGUACAUCACCCAAAUCUGGGGUUCUACCUCUUGGAUAUCCCCAAAAGACGAUUUAGCCAAAGCUUCCUUGAUCGUGUACAAGACCAACUCCAGAGGAGAGUUCAUCUACAGUUUACUCCCCUUCAUCACAAUCCGUGCAUGUGAGUUCCUCGAAGAGAACCCUCAGGCCAAGGCUGAGUUCCAUGAGAAAUCAUGUGAGGUCCUCGAGCAGUUCUGUAGAGAGAUUUAUGAUGAUAAAAAGACACUUAGAACCAAGCAGAAGUUGACUGAGAUGGAACCUAAUAUUUGGGCAUGUAUUUAUAGGAGUAUUGAUUUUAAGAAAAAGUUUCGAAGAGUUGAACCACAGUUUGAAGAGAGAACUUUUCCUUUAUCUGAAAAUAGAGCUUCCUUUGGCUGAGUUUUAUCUCAAAUUCUGCCAAGCAAAGAAAACAUUGAUUUUGAAGUAGAUGAAAUCACUGACUCUGACCUGAGUUCCAUGAAUUCAUUGGACACUCAAAAUCUUGAAUUGCUGAUCAACGAGCCAAGUAGCUCUAGAGCCAAAGAAGGCCUCAAUAAUGAAGAGAAAAUCGUGUUGUACUACAUUAAUAUUCUCAUACUGAUGAAUAAUGAAUCAGAUGCAUUGAAAAUGUACAAAUUGUACAAGAAGAGAACUGAAAUGUCCAACCUUUGCUUGGCUAACCUUUAUAAAUCAGUUGCAUACAUUUACAGUUUGAAAGGUCCUCAUGAAAACAUUGAGAGAGCUCUUAAGAUGAGUGCCAAAGCUUUUAAACUGUUUGAUUCUGUGGACAGAAUGAAAGGAAUAGUUGAUCUCAAGCUGUUUGUUGCUUUCAAGUUAAACGCUACUAAAGAAGAAUCCAAAGAUGGAUCGAAUUUAGUUGGGAUUGAACAAAAUUUUGGGCAAUCUAGCUCACCUGGCUCAAAAGAACAAGCUAUAAAAGCAGUCUUACACUUCUACAAGCAACAAAAUCUCACAAAAGAAGCCCAAAUCUGCCAAAACAUCCUCAAUUCUCUCUGCCUACCACAAGACUCCAUUCCCCACUCAAAACUCCCAAAACUUGACUUAAAGCUCUUCCUUGAGCCAGUUGAAUAA